UUUUACUCACCAAGGAGGAGCCUGGAGACAGGCCGACAUGCACCACAGUGGAGGCUGAGAACUUGCCUUCAGACUCCCCUGAUCACAGCCAGUCCGUGGGCGAUGCUCACCCGACGCCACGCAGGGGAUUGAACUCCGAUCACCAAGUCCGCUGAUUGCGCAGAGCAGCAGGGAGACCGCAGCAUUGCACCGACAGCCAGGAGGAUCCAGGGAGAAAACGCAAACCCAAAAAUGUCACAGAGCGGAGGUCAGACGAAGUUCAUCUUCCUGUCCUUGAUAUUGGUGUCUCAUCUGUUUGUUAGUGCCGAGUACUUCAACUGUGGAGAGUACGAGUUUUUCAACCAGACCAGCAACAGCUGCCAGGCCUGUCCUCAGUGCCAGCCAGGGCAAGAACCCCAUAUGACAUGCGGUUAUGGUGUAAAGGAUGAAGACUUUUCCUGCGUGCCCUGCCCACAGGGGAAAUACUCCAAAGGAAAGUAUGAGAUCUGCAGGCGCCACAAGGACUGUGAUGCUCUUUAUAGAGCCAUUGUCCGUGUACCAGGAACUGCUGAAAGUGACGCUGAGUGUGGACAAUGUUUACCAGGGUAUUAUAUGUUGGAGAACAAACCUAGGAACGCUUAUGGGAUGGUUUGCCACUCCUGCCAGAAUGCACCGAGCAACACAAAAGAAUGUAUGCAAACCGACGAACCAAAAUCAAAUCCACUGAUUGAUUCCAAAAGCACCACUGUCUUCCCCCAUCAAAAAAAAGAAAUACCUGGACAAGGACAUCUAGCCACAGCACUCAUUAUCGCCAUGUCAACCAUUUUCAUCAUGGCCAUCGCCAUAGUUCUUAUAAUAAUGUUUUAUAUCCUGAAGGCAAAGCCGGGUGGCCAAGCAUGUUGUUCUGGCAAAGUUGUGAAAGCCGUGGAGGCCCAAACCAUCAAACAGGAAGACAAGAAAGAUGUCCCUGACAAUGUGGUGAUCUUCUCGGAGAAGGACGAGUAUGACAAACUGAAAGCGGCUCCUCAGAAGACAGUGAAAAGUGAGAAUGAUGCAUCGUCAGAGAAUGAGCAGCUGUUGAGUCGCAGCAUCGACAGCGACGAGGAAGCAUCAGACAAGCAAGGAUCGGUCGAGAGCACGUCCCCCAACCCCAGCUGUUGCCUGGUGGACCUGGGCAACAAAUCUGACCUCUCCCUGCUCUCUCUGGGACUCCUGGACCGUGGCCGCACAUCCAAUGGUGCCCCGGUGGUCGCAGCCAGCCACGCCAUCAACAUCCAGAGUCCCAGCCACAUCAACAGUGUUAACCACGUUGCUUCCAGCAACCACAUCAGCAGCAUGAACGGGAUCAACAAUAAUAAAACCCCAGGGAUGCUACAGAGUCGAAGAAAAAAGAUACUAGAGUUGUAUGCUAGAGCCUGCCAUGUGACUGAGGGACUGAGCCCUACAGAGCUUCCUUUUGACUGCCUAGAGAAGGCCAGUCGCAUGCUGAGCUCCUCCUACAGCAGUGAGGCGGCCGUGGUGAAGACAUGGAGGCACCUGGCAGAGAGUUUUGGCCUGAAGCGUGAUGAGAUCGGCGGCAUGAGUGAUGGCCUACAGCUUUUUGAAAGAGUGAGCACGGCGGGCUACAGUAUCCCUGACCUCCUCACUCGGCUGGUGCAGAUCGAGAGGCUGGACGCUGUGGAGUCGCUCUGCGUGGACGUGCUUGGAACCAGCGAGGUGGUGGCAGUCGCUGGCCGACAAAGUAUCAACAGCUUCCACAGCCAGUUGGUGUGUUCUUCCCAGUGCAUGUCUCCCUCCCAGCGCUGUGCCAGUGUCUAAAGAUUUGGUGCAGCAAAGACUUGAGACAGGGGGAUCUUUAAGUACACAUUUAUGUAAGGACAGAGUUGUCACUGACUAAGGGGACACUGCAUACGAGUGUACAUUUUACCCCCAUCACAUGAAGAAUGCCUGUGGGCGUCUUGUCCACAUUCCUUAAUUUUUAAAAAGCUAAGAGUCCAAAUAACAUGAAAUAAAUGUUUGUAUUUUAUAUUUUUGUUGGAAAGUAUGAGGGAGUACCUAUCAAUAUAAUCUAUUGAUUAGUACAAAAAUGUCUCCAAUUUCCAUUUGGUUCUGCUCUGCAAGAAUUUAAUGAUCAAACUCAAUUUCUGUCUUUAUGAUUUACCUUGAUGUGUUCCUUGAAAUAGGUGAAAGCCUCUGCGCCGGACGCACCUUGACAUACUAUUUCCAUCCAUCCAUCCAUCCAUCCAUCCAUCCAUCCAUCCAUCCAUCCAUCCAUCCAUCCAUCCAUCCAUCCAUCCAUCCAUCCAUCCNCCAUCCAUCCAUCCAUCCAUCCAUCCAUCCAUCCAUCCAUCCAUCCAUCCAUCCAUCCAUCCAUCCAUCCAUCCAUCCAUCCAUCCAUCCAUCUCUUUACACCUGUAGAUUUAUAAUGGGAUUUAGGUCAGGCCAGUUUACUGGUCAGCCAAGCACAGUGCUAAAGUUUAAGCAGGUGUUGGUACUUUUGGCAGUGUGGGCAGUUGCCAAGUCCUGCUAGAUAUUCAAAUUCAACAUUUCCACAAAGAUCAUCAGCAGGGAAACAAAAACAGACUCUACCAUUUUCUUGAGGAUAAAUAUAUAUUUGGACUCGAGAAAAUGCUGUCAACACCAGCAAAAAAGGUUGCUUUGCAGAUCACCAGUCACUUGCAGUUUGAAUUCUGUGUUUCUUUUCUCCUUCUCCAGACUAUCCAAAAAUUAAUUUAGAUAAAAAGAAUAUGAAAAGACACAGUAACAGUCUUGUCAUUUUUUUUCCUAAACCCGGAAAGGUCAAUUCAAAGAUGAUCAUUGUCUUAACAAUACUGUAUUUACUUCUGUUGGUCGAUCUUUUGCCUAAAAUACACUUUUUCCUGACACUCAACUUUCCUGCACCAGGCUUUGUUACUACGUUAUGAGAACAGACUCCUUCGUUACCAAUGACUGAUCAUCAAACCUCAACUUAAUAAAAGUUUUUACUUUCUUUUAACCUCUUAAUAUCCACCUCAUUUUUGGGAAAUGCGCCUAUUUUGCAUUCCCAAAUGGAAAAGCUAAUAACUGAGGAACUGUAAGCCCUUGAAGACUAACAACUUCUAGUGUUUGAAUAUAUACAUGAAAAUUGGGUGAGUAAAACACCCAAGCUGCAAUAAACCCAAACUGCAUAAGUUAAAUUCAAGUUCAGUGAACUAGGUGGUUGAAUUGUUGAUAAUCUAAGCUUUCCAACAAUCUCUAACAUGUCUAUAUUGGUAAAAAUUUUACCAGUGUAAUUUUCAUGCAUUCUGAGUUAUUAUUUUUAAACGUUUUAAAACGGGUCACCGUUUGAGAGGAUAAUAUAAGCCAUACUCACAAUUUACACAAACUCUUGAAAUAUAACACUUAUGAAACUGGAAAAUACAUGGGUUUUAGUUCUGAACUUGAAUUGCUAAGUCUUAGAACAUUUUUAUGAUGUUCAAAUUUAAUUGUCAGUUAACAUUGAGGUACUCAUUAUUUUUCUUUUCACCUCGUUCACCUUCAGCCAAUAAUGGGUUAUUUUUUUAUGCUAUUUUGAUUUUAUGAGUGAUUUUGGGACCGGGCCGUAGUUGUACUGUUUUUGAACUUGUGGAUUUCUUCCCAGACCAUAAGCUGCAUCCAGCAGUUUAUGUAACCUGAUGCUUUUGUCUGCAUAAUGAAAGCGACCUAGUUUGACCACAGUGUUAGUUAGCAUUCAUAACUGCUCCAUUGACCGUACUUUCAUCGCAUAAGGAGGUCAGAUCAUAUGACUUCCUUUCUUAGGACACAAUAUCAGGGCCAGAUGGAAACACUUAAGCAUCACUCAGCUCAAAAUUUGCUCAAUAGUGUCAUUCGGGGCAUGUGUUGAUGCCAGUGGUGUCUGUUGAAUUUGUUUUUACACACACA